UUUUUUUUUUUUUCUUUUUUAAUACUAUCACAGAAAUGCCUCCAAAAAAAGCUUCCAUAUUACUAAAGAGACGUUCUACAGCUACAGCAACGGACAAGAGUAGUACGCAAAAGACAGUGAAGAAAAAGAAACAACUCGUAGGAUCACCUUCUAUAGAUGAUUUAUCAGCUAAAAAAUUAGUACAAUUAAAUACACCACAAAGGAGGAAAAGAGCCGUCGCCAUAUCCACGAGCAAAAUUAUUGUUACUCGUCGACAACAACAGCAAACACAAAAUUCCGUUUCAGACGAUGAUAACUGUAGCCUUAGUGGUGUGAGUGAUAAUGGAAGCAGGAGUCAUAGUGAAAGUAGUGAUCACAGCAUCAGCAGUGGUAGUAAUUAUAGUAGUAGAGAACCGUCACCAUCCAAUUCCAUCACACUCAUCUCUGCUGCAACAGCGCUGACAAGAGCUUCAAAGGCAGCAGCAGCUACUCAGCAGCCGAUGAAGCGAUCGCUACGAGCGGCUUCCAAGGCCAUCGUGCAAAGGGAGAAAGAACGAGAAGAGCGUAAAAGAAAGUCUCCUUCUUCAUCACCGCCGCCAUCAGCAGCAGCAGCAGCAGCAGCAGCGCCUUCAAGCACGAAUUUGUCUUCAGCAAUAAUCACUGAAGCAGAAGCUGCAAAGUCUAGUGCUCCUCCUAGUACUACUACUACGAUAAAGAGGAAAAAGAGGAAAAUUAACGCACAGAAAAUUGUUCUACCUACCAGUCAAUCCACCGAUUCGAUUGAUAAUGUUACAGGAGACAUCAGUUGGAAUACUUAUUUAACCAUUUCAGAUAGCAACGCUGAAAUCAGUGCUAUAUCCAUUAAUAAUACGGCCAAACCCAUCAUAUCGACAUCUUAUACCCAUACUACCAAGAAAUCAUCCACUAUAACUACGAACAUACCCGCUACAGAAAAGCAACCAGCGACUGCAGCUUUAACUUCACAUACAAGAAAACAGCAACAAGCGAAUCAAUCUAAUAUACCAUCCUCAUCACCAGCACCUACGACACCUAUACCUACUUUGGAUUUAAGUCAUCAUUCGAUAUUACCCAACUCCAGUUAUAUUGCCCAUCUACCUCAUCCUUCUUCUUCUGCUGUAUCUGCGAAAGAGAGAGCCACGAGCCAGUCUCCCUCUGUUACCUCUUCUGAAGCUGGUGACGAUCUUGCUGAGCACCCCAAUGUUGUCAGUACUUCAACACAAGCUUCAACUGGGGAAAGUGAAAUCGAUGAGCUUGCUGGGGAAUACUCUAAUACAGCGACCCAACCAUCGGAUGCUUGUCCUUCUCUAUCUCAUACACAAACGAAUCCUAUCGAUACGACUAUACCAGCCAUGUUUGAUCACGUUCAUGUUAAGAAGGAAGAACAGGAAGAGAGCAUACCUCUCUAUGAAACAACUACUACUACUUCAGUGAAUAUGGAUAUAGAUGAGGAUGCAGAAUCAGCUGACGAUUUCUUUGAUGCAACGAACACUUUUGAUGGCGACGUAAAAAUGACAAACAUGAGUAAAGAAGAGGAAGACGAUGAAUAUUCCACAGCUACGUCAACAGCAUCGUCAUCAUCAUUGCCCGUUGUCAAGGAUAUAAAAGAGAAAAAUGAAGCACCCAAGACAUCCAUUAAAUAUGGCUUUUGGAACUCGUUGGUGAAAUCUUUCACAAGUAGCAAAUAACUUGCAUUGCUAUUGAAGUCCUACUCCUUCAAUGUACGUGUAUACAUACAUAUAUACCUAAUUUCUAUUCUAUUCAAAGCAAAAUAGCAC